AUGCCGAGCCCAGGCGCGCUGUACGCGUCCGGCGUGGCUGCAUACCGUGCUGCGACGUACGACACGGCCGCCGACCUGUUCACCGAGGCCAUCUCGCUCGCACCCACCUCGGCAAAGCUGUACGACGCUCGGGCGGGAGCCUACGACAAGCUCGGUCGCCUGCAAGACGGCCUCAUCGACGCGCGCGAGGUUGUCAGGCUCGUGCCCUCUUCGCACAAGGGCUACCUUCGAGCCGCCAAGAUGCUCAAGACGGCCGGGCGGCACGCCAACGCCGAGAAGCUCCUGCAGCAAGGCCUCGAGCGAGUUCCCGAGGAGGAGAUCAAGGGUCGUGCAGAACUCGAAGCCGAGCUCGCGACCGUGACGAGCGAGCGCCUGAAAGCCGAGCACUCGCCCUUCUCGCAGCUCCCGUUCGAGAUCUUUGUCGAGAUCAUCACGCUCGCGACCGAGCCGUCGUCCCUGUCGCGGUACUCGCAAGUCGAGCUGCCUCGCACCAAGCCGCCGAGGGUCAACACGCUGUUCAGCUCGAUGCGGGUCUCCCGCACGUGGUACCAGCUCAUCAAGGCGACGCCGCAUCUUUGGACGACCCUGUGCGUCGACGGCGUCAUGAACCAGAAGAACGCCGAGCGCAAGGUCGCCUUCUUCCUCGAGCGCGCCAACCAGGGUCGAGUCGGGCACGCCAAGGCCAGCUCGGGCCCACCACGACGCGGCAUCCGCCGGCUCGUCCUCACCGCCGCGCAGGACCUGCCGCCGCCGACUUUCGCGGCCGUCCUCGCCGCACUCGCAGGCGCAGGCGCGGCGUCGACCUUGCGCGAGGUCGUCCUCUCGUUCGUCGACGGCAGCCGGACGACGGUCUCGGUCGACAACGAGACGGCCCGAGCGUGCGACAUGCUCGUGUACCUGCACGAGCACUGUCGCGAGACGCUCGACGUCCUCAGCGUGUGCUCGGGGAGCCGCAUCUACCCCGACUUCGACCUCACCUGCGUCUACACGUCGUUCCCCAACCUCACGAGCCUGAGCUUGUGGGGCACGACGUCGUCGAGCUUUGUCCUCGGGCUGCACGCACCCUUCCUGCGCACGAGCUUUACGCCCGUCCCGCCACCGACCGACCCGGACGACCCGUCGCCUCCUCCUGUCGUCCACCCGCGCACCAACGCCCGCCACCUGCGCGCCAACGGCGUCGUCUUCAUCGCCGACGUCAACUGCCACCUCGAGUCGUUCCCGCACCUCGUCGACCUCGACUUUGACAUCAUCGGCGCGCCCGUCGUGUGGCCGCUCCUGUCGGCGCCCAACUUGCGCCGGUGCAACACGGCCGUGUACGGCGAGGCGCACGUCGCGGCGCUCCCGAUGCCCGACCUCGCCCAAGCAUGGGCGCGCCUCGAGCACUUGCGCCUCGGCGGCGCGAAAAGGCUCGCGCCGCGCCUCCUCGACGAGGCGAUCCGGCUCGGCCCGCUCCGGUUCGACCACCUGACGCACGUCGACCUGUCGUUCGCGUCCCUCUCGUCGCGGCACCUCACGUCCUUGUUCGACUCGGGCAACGCGCCCUGCAUCGAGACGCUCAACCUCGCGUCGACCAUGGUCGGCCCGCCCGAGUCGGCGCUCGUCCUCCCGCGCCGCAUGGCCCGCCUGCGCGCGCUCAACGUGUCGCACACGAUGUGGGUCACGGACGCGACGAUCCGCGCCGUCGCCGAAUGCGCGCCGAGGCUCGAGCGCCUCGAGGCGAGGGGGAGCGCCUUCAUCACGGGGCGGCCCGUCAUGGAGCUCGUGCGGGGCCGCAUGCCCGUCCUCGCCGACGCAGCAGACGUCGAGCCGGAGCAGGGGAAAGGUGAGGGCGACAAGGGCGCGAGAAAGGCGCAGCGGUACUCGCUCGUGACGGACCUCGCGCUCGAGGGGUGCACAAAGAUCGAGGCGGCGGCGGUCGAGUGGCUCAAGAAGCACGUGCGGCCGGGAGGAGUGCGGUUCCAGUUUGUCGACCCGAACGAGCGCCGAGGGAGGAGCUCGCAGUGGGCCUACUGAGGCGAGCCCGAGGGCGAGUCGUCGAAGCAGUGUCGGCGGCGGUGUCGUCGUCGAGCCGGCGAUUCAUCCUUUGGCCUUCCUCUCUCU